GAAGCUCUUCGUGGGCGGUCUUGAUUGGAGCACGACUCAAGAGACUCUGCGCAGCUACUUUUCCCAGUAUGGAGAAGUUGUAGACUGUGUCAUUAUGAAAGAUAAAACAACGAACCAGUCUCGCGGUUUUGGGUUUGUCAAAUUUAAAGACCCAAACUGUGUGGGGACAGUGCUGGCCAGCAGACCACACACCUUGGACGGCCGGAAUAUUGACCCAAAGCCAUGCACACCUCGGGGGAUGCAGCCAGAGCGGACACGGCCGAAGGAAGGAUGGCAGAAAGGACCCAGGAGCGAUAGCAGUAAAUCAAACAAGAUCUUUGUCGGUGGAAUUCCUCACAACUGUGGUGAGACAGAGCUCAGGGAAUACUUCAAGAAAUUCGGAGUGGUUACUGAAGUGGUCAUGAUCUAUGACGCGGAGAAGCAGAGGCCUCGAGGUUUUGGAUUUAUUACUUUCGAGGACGAACAAUCAGUGGACCAGGCUGUCAACAUGCAUUUUCACGACAUCAUGGGCAAAAAAGUGGAGGUUAAACGGGCUGAACCUCGGGACAGCAAGAGCCAAGCGCCAGGGCAGCCAGGUGCCAGCCAGUGGGGGAGCCGUGUUGUGCCCAGCGCCGCCAAUGGCUGGGCAGGCCAGCCUCCACCCACGUGGCAGCAAGGAUACGGCCCACAAGGAAUGUGGGUGCCAGCAGGACAGGCAAUUGGUGGCUAUGGACCGCCCCCUGCGGGGAGAGGAGCCCCCCCACCGCCUCCACCUUUUGCCUCCUACAUCGUUUCCACCCCUCCCGGCGGCUUUCCUCCUCCUCAGGGCUUCCCACAGGGCUAUGGUGCCCCACCGCAGUUCAGUUUUGGCUAUGGGCCUCCACCCCCUCCACCGGAUCAGUUUGCCCCUCCUGGGGUCCCUCCUCCGCCUGCCACACCUGGGGCAGCGCCUCUGGCCUUCCCGCCCCCUCCAUCUCAGGCUGCCCCAGAUAUGAGCAAGCCCCCGACGGCACAGCCAGACUUCCCCUACAGUCAGUAUGCAGGUUACGGGCAGGACUUGAGUGGCUUUGGACAGGGCUUCUCUGACCCCAGUCAGCAGCCCCCCUCCUACGGGGGCCCCUCCGUUCCUGGCUCAGGGGGCCCCCCCGCUGGUGGCAGUGGCUUCGGACGAGGUCAGAACCAUAAUGUGCAAGGAUUCCACCCCUACCGACGCUAGGACGAUGCCACAUGGACGUCCGCACCGCUGAGAGCAGGAUUGAAAACUUGUGAACUCGUGACAAUCAAACUUGUCGGAAAAAUUGCGACUCAACCUGGGGGUGGGGGGAGGGCAGAGGCCUGGAGGCGGCUGUGGGUGUCCGGACUGCAGUUUUUAAAUACGUUUCUUUCUCUGACCCAUCAGCACAAUAAAAAAAAAGUCACUGGUUCAACAACAGGGUUUAAAAAAAUGUCUUCAGCUUUAAUUCAAGACUUCAGGUUUCUUUUCCUUCCUUUAUUUUGAGAUUUAUUUUCCUGAGCCUUUUGUUUUACCGUAUAUUGUAAACUUUUAUGUUAAAAAAUAUACAUUUACAAAUUGUGAGAUUUUUAAGAGAAAUUUUCUACGAUGUAUACUGGCUUAUUUUUUAAUUUAAAACAGGGUUUGGUUGGCACUGGUGGGGGUGGGGGCGUUUUUAGUCUCCUCACUCCUGGCUUGGGGGUUGGGACUUGUUGGUCCAGAAACUCUGGGAGCUAAAGAAGAAAUCUACUGAGUGUGUUUUUGUUUUUUGUUUAUUCCUUGCUUUUGUCAGCUGGCUGCCUGGUGGCAUCUGUGGGGCAGGUGAUGCCCUGCUGGCCAUCUGGCCCACAUGGCAGCGCUGACAUUGAGGUGGCAUGGACCCCGCAUAGUAGGCGAGGCCUUGCUGGAAGGCCACCUCCCUCGGGCGUGUGGCUUCGGGGCACUUACCAUUGACCAGUUUGACCCUGGUUUGAAUAAAGACAAGUGCGUUUGGAUUAGAAACCCA